AUGCGCGCAUUCACCCCUCUGAUUGAGGAAAUGACCCUCCUGUCACUUUACGCUACCAUGUGCUCACCGAGGAAGACACAUCAAAUUGAUUUAUGGUGUCAACCUGACUUGCCGGAAUCCGAGGUGGAAGGCGAUCAGUGGGCGGCACAACAAUUGCCAGCAGAACCAUUCUCUCCGGAGCGAUUGCCAGUUAGAACCACAUACCAAAAUGAUGCCAUAAACAAUAAAUCUUGCCAUUGCCCUCCACCGCAGGGCCAUCAGUUCAGUGCACGCCGUUUCUAUGUGGCCGCGGCUACAUGGUAUCGGCCCGUAGUAACUCCGCCGAAACCCUUGGGAAGGUGA